AUGGCGAAAGAGAUGAAUGCCGACCACGACCUUGUUGUCAUUGGUGCCGGCUGGUUUGGUCUGGCUGCCGCCAAGACGUAUAUUGAGCUGCAUCCUGAUGAGAAGAUUCUCAUCGUUGAGUCAGCCAGCACGGCUGGGGGCACGUGGUCACAGGACCGUCUCUAUCCAGGGCUGAAGUCCAACAAUAUGUAUGGAUCCUACGAGUUCCCAGACUUCCCUAUGUCCGAGGAACAGUACGGCGUCAAGCCCGGAGAGCACAUUCCUGCCGCUGUGCUUCACCGGUACCUCACAGACUUCUCAAAAGCAUUUGGCAUUUUCGAACGUACCGCCUUCAACACAAAGGUCGAAUCCGCAGAGCCCAGCAACACCGGCGGGUGGGUCUUGACCACUUCUAGUGACUCAGGUGCCCGAGUCCUCCGCACCACGAAGGUUGUCGUUGCGACAGGCCUGACUUCGCAGCCCAACGUCCCCAGCUACGCCGGCCAGGAAAGCUUUACCGUGCCGUUUUUCCAUGCCAAAGACUUCUGCCGCAAUGCCAGCACCGUCAAGACAGCCAAACGUGCCGUCGUUGUUGGCGGCGGCAAAUCCGCAUACGACUGCGCCUACGCGUUCGCCACGGAAGCUGGCGCAGAGACUCACCUGAUCAUUCGACCAACCGGCCAGGGCCCAGUUUGGAUCUGCCCGCCCUAUGUGACUCCACUCAAAAGGAUGAUGGAGGAGCUCCUCCACACACGGUGCCUGACCUGGUUCAGUCCCUGCCCCUGGGGAGCCGAGGACGGGUUUGGUCAAGCUCGCGAUUUCCUGCACGGUACCGCCGCUGGAAGGUGGAUUGUGGACAACUACUGGAACAAGCUGACGGCCGAUGUCAUAGAGGCGAACGGCUACAACGAAAAUGCGAGGCUGUUCAAGAUGCGGCCGUGGAAUCCGGUGCUCUGGACCGCGAGCGGCACUGGAAUCCACAACUAUCCUUCCAGUCUUUUCGAUCUGGUGAGCGAGGGGAGGAUCGUUGUGCACCUAGCAGACAUCGAGAACCUGGAUUCAAAGACGGUACAGCUUACCAAUGGAGACUCGAUCGAGACCGACGUCCUCCUAUGUGCCACUGGAUGGAAGAAGGAAUCCUCGAUCAAGUACGCAAAUUUUGAGAUGGGUCUUCCGGGGUCUGAGGCCGACAUGGUCUCUCUCAGCAACAAGUCCGACUCGCAGAUCGUGAAAAUGUUCCCCAGCCUCAAGUGCCAGCCGGUUCUUAGAUUCGAGCGCAAGCGCGAGGAUCCCUUCCGCCUCUACAGGUUCAUGGUCCCCCCCACCGCCGUCAGCAAACGCAACAUUGUAUUUGCAGGCCUCGUAUCGACUGUCAGCACCGCCAUGUUUGCAACCGUGCAGGCUCUCUGGAUAUCAGCUUUCUUCGACGGCAAGCUGGAGAGGAUGGAAAAGACGGAAAAGGAGGUUGAGAAGGAGGUCAUGCUGCACACACAGUUCGGCAAGUGGAGGUACCCCUGCGGCUACGGUGACAGCCUCCCUGAUUUCGCCUUCGACUCGCUACCGUACGUGGACCUGCUCCUGAACGAUCUCGGUGUCAAGGUCCACCGGAAGCCGACCCAGAUUGCGGAGCUGUUUGAGCCGUACAAGCCCAAGGACUACCGGGGCUUGACCCGUGAAUGGCUUGGCUCGCAGAAAGAUCAGCUGAAUUAG